UCCCGCAUUUUCUUCGACGUGCUCCACAUGGCCUCUCUCUCAGCCCCAAACUUCAACCCUCGGCGGCCGUAACGAUAACAGAAGACGUAAUGGUCUGUGUUUUCCAUGGUUAUUCCGAACGAUAGUUCUCUUGCAGCGAUCCAACGAGGACCAUUCAGGAGCAAAGAGUUGCCGGUGAGCCAAGCCAUUUGUGCGCGACGGGAUCCACUGAGGGCCCAGCGAUUGAUAUGCUGCCGUACCUGUCCCUCACAGAUGAGGAUGCAAGUUCCUCUGUGCUCCGGAUGCCUAGCUGUACUCAGUGAGUUAUGUGCAUACCUCUCAGCAGUUAUACCGAGUAUCACAGUAGUCCUUGGUAGGAGGAAGCAGAGGCAGCUGCACCAGGUAUUGGCCCGUCCUAUCAGCUACCUUGCUUUCCUUUUUUUUCUGCCCGGACCAAGCAAGCAAGCGGAUCCUCGUAACACAGCUGAUGCGGGAGUUGCUGCGCGGCUGCGGAUGGUGGUUGGCGGGACGCACCCAACCAUGCACACUUGCAGUAGUUCAUGGUCGCGCCCGGGACUUGGGGGGAAGUGAAAAAGGUUGUUGGUACCUGGGAACUGCGUCUGCCUACCUGAUAGUAGGUGAGCGGCAGUAGUACUCCGUAGUAGCAGCAGAAUGUCCCACCGACUCGUUGUAUUCCGGUUCCAAUCUGGGCAGAGCUGCACGUUUAUUUGUUAUUUUCUUUUCUCUGGCUGCACAUUGCUUUUGCUC